GGCUAAGACUCAGAAUUCUAUUAUAGUCAGCGGCGAAGCUAAUAUGUUGUCGGACAUCGAUUUUAUGCAAGGAUUACAAGAACGUCGUCUGGAUACUGCUCCAGAGCCCGUGUAUAACACAGACAUUGAUAUCACCAAACCAAAUAUUUUACAAGAACGUCCUUUCCGAAACAGGAGAAGCCCAGUCAUUGUUGAAUUUGCUGAUGCUCGCGACAUAACAUCAGUGGUAAUGUCUAUGAUGAUGGAGGUCGGUAUGAAUAUAAUGAAGAUGCGAAUGUCGUUCAAUGCUCAUAAUGACAGAGUAAAGUUGAUGCAGAAAUGCGCGAAAGCUAUUCAAAUGUGCUGCGAGAAAUUCAGAGUCACCAAUUUUCCAAUAGCGACUUGUGGUUCCGUAUUAACCUCUAUGAUUAAAUCGGGAAUUAUGGACGACGUGAGUUAUUAUGUUAAGGUGUAUUUCUUUGACAAAAUAUGA